AGCCGGUAAAAUUCAAAUUUGAAGGAGGAGUCAUUUUUAAAGCAUUGAACAACAAGAAGGUUUGUCUCUGGUUUUCUGUCAGUUGACCUGUUUCAUAUAGACUGUAGUUUCAGACUGCCUUUCAGCUCAUAAUGGAGGAGGAGAAGGAGAACAGUGCUUUAAAAAGACAGAGGGAACCUGUGUCAGAAGACAAUGUCCCCUCCACAUUAGAGGGGAAUGAUGAAAAGAAGCGGCGCCGCCUGGAGGUAGCCGGUUGGAGUCCAAAACCAUCCUCGUCAGGACUCCAAGCAGAGUUCUACUCAAAGCCGGACACACCGAUGGUUCCUUCAGUCCGGUCCAGGAUCCAGCAGCUGAGCCGAAGACGAGAGGGGGCAUCUCCUCUGGCCCAGCGGUGCCUCUCGGAUCCUGGGGGGUACAGCCCAUCAGUCAGCCCCUAUGGAAGGGUCUUCAGAGAGGCUACCAUUGGUCAGGCAGAGUUUCAUCAACGGCUGGAGCGCUUUAAAGGGCCCGACUUCCAGGCUUCUCCCACUCAAACGACAGGCCAGGCCAGCACCCCCCAGAUGACCCGCUCCAACUUUGUGUCCGCCAUUCAGCAGAAACUCCACAGCACUCCAGCACCCAGCUCCAAGCAGGCUUCUCGCAUUCACCAGGAACGAGAAGAGGAGUUGAACCAGUUGCCUUUCCAACCAAUCAGUGAGAACGCCUGGCUGAAGAGGAGCAUCUCUGAUCCCGCCUCGUCUCGGCAGAGGGAUUGUGACGUUGGGAUCAAAGACGGCAGCUUCUCUGAAGCUAUUGCAGCAUGUGAAGAGAAGCUAUCUUCGAGUGGGCCAGGUGAAAAGGCACCCAGUGACUGUGAAGCUCACAUAGAGCUUGACUGCUCUAAUAAGGAGCAGAAUGAAGUCAGGGAGGAGAAAGGAAAUGAAGACGAGCAGCCAGGGACCCAACAACCACCAACAGUGUUGAAGUUGUGUUUCAACGAGGAUCAGAGUUUCUCCAAAGCCCCUUUCAGUGAGGAGCAGAGUGUGUCCCAGUUGUCCACAUUCGAUGAGCAAAGCUUGCUGGAAGCGGCCCGUGCAGAGCAGUCAGACACGACUGAAAGGGUUGAGAUUUCACUGGCAACUGAACAUGGCGAGUGUGAAUUGUUUUCGCAUGAAGGAGGAAAUGGUUCUUCAUACAGCGAAGAGGGGAUUGAGCUGUCAACAGAUGCGGAGCUCCGUUUGUGGCAAUAUCCUCGAGAUGAGGACGCGUCUGUUGCAGCUGGUGAACAGGAGGAAGAUGUGUUUGUCAAAGAGGAGGAGAGAGAAUUAGAAUCAUCUGGAGUGGAACCAGGCUGUGUCGCAAAACACAUCCCGAAUGGGGAAUGUUAUUCGGGGGGCGCCCCUGUUGAGAUGGCCGAGGCUUUUGAAGUGCAGGAAGAUGAGAGUUGUAGACCUGAGGAGUCACAAAGCACUUUAGAUAAACCAAGCGGAGACAAAGAGUCCCUCGGAGGACUUCGUGAGGAAGCAGGUACAGAAGAUGUUUACGUUUGUAGCAUGAAACCAAACCAGAAGGACGCAGGUAGAUGUAUUGAAAGGGAUGAUGUGUAUAAACAAUCACAUGAGAUGCAGACAGUUUGCAUAGAAGGAGACAACAUGGCUGUAAAGUCAGACAGAAGUAGCAGCAAGAAAGAAACUGCGGAUUCUCCUCCGGCUGCACUGACAGAAACACGGACAGGUUGCACAGAGCUCAAAAUAGAUAUCAAACAAGGGGCAGAAGUUCAGGUGCAAUCAUCGAACACUGAUGGAAAAGAUGGAAGUCAGAGUUUGACACAUGUCCCAGGGUCAGAUCACCUUUUGAAGAGCGAGCAAAUGGAGCAGGAUGCGGUAGGUGGGAGGCAGGGUGUAGAUGGGCUGGGGACUCGCAAAGCAGAGGAAGGAGGGCGCUCAAAGAAAGUCGCCUUCAUCCUGAAGCCCGAGCUCAUCAACGACUCGACCCCGUCUGAGAACAAUACCUCCACAGGGUCCAGCGUAGACAGCAGUAUGUCAGGGGAGAACGAUGGGGAGCUGAAUUCUUCCGAUGAGACCAAUACAUCCAAGAUCAUCGAUCAGAUGUUUGAAGAAGUCCUGGAAUGUGCUGAAAGUGUUGGGGAGGAGGAGAGGAGGGGAGAUGAAUACUCCGGCGACCCCGACAGUGGCAUUGGCGUUUCCCCCGGAAAUAAAGACGAGACGGAAGAAGCGUCGCAGAAGAGUGGUGAGGAGGAGGAGGAGGAGGAGGAGGAGUCCAAAGAAGAGCAGUGUGAUGAGAGCAACAGGCCUGAAUGCAGCAGCGAUGAGCUGACCUUCCCUCCCAGUGGCAUCCUCUCUCCUCUGAGUAGGGCUGUGGAGGCUGUGGUCACCCCACUGCGGCGGGCAGCGAGCCGCGAGGCCAAUCCUUCCUCUCUUCUCUCGACUCCAGAAGAGAGCCACCACCCCUCUCCUGUGGAAGCUGCUCCUCUAUACAGUAUUGAGGCCUACCGCACACAAAGACAGAAUAAGCUGCCCACCGCUCAGAGCGUCGCUUCUGGUGUCCAGAGACAAGCUCCAGAGAAGUCUCAACCUCAGACCUCCGCUAACACCAAGGAGAAGAUCAUGGCCCUGAGGGAGGAAGCAGGGAAGCUGCAGACGAUGAUCAAGCAGACCCUGCAGGCUCUGAGCUGUUGUACCGAUGAGGAGCACGGACGGGGCUCACUGGAGGAGGCUGAAGCUGAAAAGCUCCUCCUCGUCUCCUCUGAGAAGCACUCGGCCCUGCAGGCGGAGGUGGCCAGGCUGCGAGAGUCCGGAGGAGACGACGAGGACGGUUCCCAGCAGCCCUGCAGAGGGACCGUCCGCAUCACCAACAUCCAGCUGCCUCUCAAGGUGGAGUUUGUCUGCUCCUCCCACAAACGCGCAGGUCGGCCGAGCCACUACUUUUUCGUGCUAAUCCGCUACGGGCCGUGCAACAUCAUCGCUACCCCGCUGGCCACGGCUGCUGAUGCUCAGAAUGGAGACACCAUCUCCUUCCAGACCUCCAUCACUCUGAAAGAUAUCCGCUCAACCUUUGCGAUUGAUGUCGAGGUCUACAGCCUGUCGCACAUAUCGGGGAGUAAGUUCAGCGUGGACCAGACCUCCACCAAGUCGCGGGUUACACCAAGAAAGCUUCUGAACACGAUCACAAGAUCCAGUAACAGUGUGACAUCUGCUGCGCUUCCUGCUCUGAACACUGCUCGCUCCAGCAGCUUUGUUCUGGUAGGCUCCCAUCAGAUCACCUUGGCCUCGCUGGGACACAGCAAGUUCCCUCUGGAUAAGAUGAAACUUGAUGGCAAAAUCAGGAGACUGCUGGGAGAUGAAUUUCAGGAAAAGGUGCCUUUUCUCUCACCUCUAGAGGGCAACAUCUACCUGCGACUGGACAGCGAGAGUCACUCUGAUGUCCAGCACCAAGGCUUCCUGACAAUGUUCGAGUUGAUCGGUGGCUUCGGGGUGUGGCAUCGCCAAUAUUUUGUCCUGGUGGGGUGCACCAUGUUUCACUGGAACCACCCCAACGACAGAGAGACCAAGGAGGCAGAGGGCAGCAUCUCUCUGUCCAGCUCCCACAGUCGCUGCGUCCGGACCGUGAAGAGAGACUCGUGUGCUCGACCUUUCACCUUUGAGCUGGUCAGCAACGUCCCUGAGCAGCAGGACGCCAGCGCCAAGUUGUGGUUCUCAGCCGACAGCAAACAGGAGAGUCUGGACUGGAUGGAGAAACUCAAUCAAUCGCUGUUGGACUUCAACACGUGGAAGCAAACAUCAGCAGCUCAAGUGGAGGCUGGUCAGUCGGACUCGUGCAGCAGUGGGAAGCUGAGGGAGAGCAUUCUGUAAAUCACACACGAGCCUCCUUAUAGUUCAUAAGAGCUUCAUGUGGUUUAGAUUCUUUAACUCAGAGUGGCAGGAGGUGAGGUUCUUCUUUGCCUGUCUAGCAGUUGAAAUAUAUUUUGUUUCUUUGUUAAGAGAUAUCUAUUUGAUUUUCAUGAUCAUUAUUUCCCGUUUUUUUAAUUUGAAAUCAAUCAAUACAGGGAAAUAUUUUUCUUCAUUUGAUUUGGAACUAGUUUUUGUUUUGACAUUUUGGGGGGCAAUCAGCUGCUUUAGCCUUAGUUGGCUACAACAUUUGGUCACUUUCGGAAUCUACAGGAAAACUUCUUGUAGCUUCUAUAUAUUUGAGAUAAUUUUCAUAUGUAUGUCAAAUGAUAUUGUGUUUUUGUUGCCAUUAUACUGGAAGGAUUAACAAUGUGUAUCAAUGCACAAGUGUUGAAGGAGAUGUAUAACUACUAGACUACUGUAGGAUGGUGAAGUGGGAGAGCACACUACAGGAGGAAUACCAGCUCAUGAUAUAUGGGGAUGAUAUAAAAGGACUAGUGUUGGGUCUGAUGUCUUUGUUUGUCUGUCCCUUUUUGUUAUACACAAUAUUCAUGUGAACUCAUUUUCUAUGCAUUCAUUGGAGCUGUCUGUACAAUAAAUGGAUUGAAAUGGCU